GGGUCUUCGGCUGCCUUCUAUUUCUAGAGCUUCCGUGUCAUUUUGAAGCAGCUGCUUGUGUUUGCAACGGACUACUUUUUGUCUUGUGUAUAGUAUAUAGGAUGGAAUUGGAAGGAUCAGAUACUUUCCACGACCACGCACUGAUUCAGAAGAGAGAAAUUCUGGGCUUGAAUAUAAAGUAUUGUUUACACAAGAAAGGAUGUGGAUGGACUAGCGAAGUGAGACAUGACAAAAUCCAUGACAAAGGAUGUCAGUAUGCAGUUGAUGUUCGUGUGAAUGGAUGUGAUCAAUUAUCUAUGAGAAAUGACAUGGAUGAACAGGUCACCAAUCAACGAGUGAUUUCAUGUGCCUAUUGUAAUCUAAAACUAGAACGAGUAGUACAGGAUCAUUACAAAGAGUGUGACAAGUAUCCUCUAGACUGCAUAUACAAGUGUGGCAUGAUGGUUCAGAGAUGUCAAAUGGAAUAUCAUAUUGGCAUGCAGGGAACAUGUCCAAAGAGUCUUCUUGAUUGUGAAUUCAAAGAUAGUGGUUGUCCGUUCAGAGGAAGACGUGGUGACUUACACAAACACAUCGCAGACAACGUUGUCUUGCAUCUCAGUUUGAUUGCAAAUACUCUUAGAGAAACAAGAGAGAAAUCAGCUGAUACUAUAUUUCAAUUAAAUCGUGAAUUGAAGAUUGCAAAAGACGAACUAAAAGUUACCAGAGAUGAACUGGAAAAGACUACAAGUAAACUGACAGAAACAACAGUUCAACUCUCUGAAGAGAUACAUAGAAGCCUCUAUUUCUCACUAGAGAUACCAAAGACGUUUUUGUUCACUUGGACAAUAGCCAAUUGGCAUGAGAAAAUGAAACCUUCAAAAGGGAAGGAUGGUCUAGAAAAGAUCAACAGCAGUCGAUUCUAUGUUUAUCCGGGCUAUCACUUGUACAUGGUUGCUUACCCAAAUGGUAACCAUCCUGAGUACAGAGAAUGUCUGAGUAUAUUUUUAUAUGCAGGUAAAGGGGAUUUUGACAAGACGGUGAGAUGGCCAUUUCCCUUUUCCUUUGAUAUUGAUCUUGUAGACCAACAAGUUGGAGGGAUGAAUAUUUGUCGCAAACUAUCACCACCAUGUCGAGAUGCACUGAUGUCGUCCACGUGUUCUAAGGGAUGUGGUUAUCGAAACUUUGCUAGUCACCAGCAAUUGAAGUCACGCUGCUACAUCAGAGAUGAUACCAUUUGUAUAAGUCUGUCUGUACACGUCAAGAACGAGGAGGCUCAAGACUAACUAAUGUGCAGUAUAUUAGAAAUUGCUUUGCCUACGAGAAAGCGGAAGUAGGUGUAUAUAUGAACUGAUGCUCGGAUUUGAACUAACAGAAACUGAACGCUCAUCCGUUCUCUCAAAUAAUUUGAGUACAUCAGAAAAAGAAAAUUGAAAGAACGAGUAGCAGUGUAUGCGGUAGGGAGUCCAUUGGACGGCGUAGGGGUGCAUUCCAACGCGUGCUGAUACGCUGAUUCAAUUAAACUAGGUACGGUUUCUGCUAAUCACAUCAGCACAUUCCUGCACCAUGUUUCUGCACCUGUACGUACGCCGCUUCAGACAGUUACUAAUGUUUAGUAAUUCGAAGUGCAUGGUCGCGUCGUUACUGUAGAUGUAGGAGUACGAUUGGCCCAACUGCAAGUUGCACUUCAUGUCUAGAUUUUGUUCAUCACAUACUAGAACACUACCCGAUAGCGCAGAUAGAACCUCUCCAACCUCAUGCUGUGUCUCUCCUGUGCCGUGAGAACAGAACCCACACUGACUACAAGUGAAUUAUGAGACCAAAUAGUACGGUAAAGGUGGACACGCUCACAGUGCUGAUGGCAGGAGGGCCUAGGGUAGACUCGUACCCAGUCUUCUUCCUCGCGCGCUGCACGCGUUUUGGUACGUGCGUUUUGUGGCCGCUGCCACGCCCCUCCCUUCGACGGUACCGCGUCCAACUACUACAGUUACGUAUGUCGUACUGUACCGGCAGACUAGUCGCCAAUUCAAUACCAACUAACUUUACACAAACAAAGUACUGCAUGAUCGCGUAGAGAUUCUCUAGUAUCAGUAUCAACAUUAACUAGGGGUUUCCUCCUGUAUCGUUGAAGGACGCCCCCACACUACACAUAGAUCACACGCACACACAAUAAAAAACCGAUCGGAGUGAAAGACGUCGUUUAGCACUCUGUUGAUCCUCAGAGCGUGCGUCGAAAGAAUGCUGUCACAUGUUUGGGAAGAUCGCUAUAUUACGCGGUUGUGGAGGGCACAAUCAGGUUGGUGGUUGAUCGUGCUUUGGAAAUUCUCCUGGAUCGUGAGAGCUGACAGCGCCGACUAAAUAAACUUUAGUAGCUACGUAGGCAGAUACGCGAGUUUCCGGACAGCCAUGCAGAAGCGACAAAUUUGGGGAUUUCCCAACCAAUUAGCAGCACAUACAGUAUAGGGACAUCGUAUCAAAUUGAGUCAUGGAUGGACGGGAGAGAAAUUCAAGAAUUGGUGAAGGCUGGGCUAUCGCACUCGAACAUAAGUUAUAUAAAUACUUCGAAGAAGACAUCCUGGAGUCAAAGGUUUUUCUGAACGAUUCGUUAGACAAUUUAGUCAUGAGCAAAACAUUCAUUAUCGUUCUGAUUAUCUGGCUUUGACAUGAGGCUGGUAGUCCAGGCAGCUGAUAGAGAAGUAAUGUGUUCUCUUUUUGCUAAACCCGUAUAAACAGAUGGAGACUUUUGCCGUUAGUACACUUCUCUACGUAGGUUGGUCCAGCGUACGGAAGAAAGAUGAUGAAAGGGUACCUUCAAGUAGGAGGACCUAGAGUUAGUGACAAACGCAUUGGACACAUUCUAAGACAAGUUGCUCCUGGAUAACAUGGAAGGAGGCAGCAACUAGAUCAUCGGCAAAUAAAUCCUGUGCCUUACUACCCUCAAUAUCCAGGACACAACGAAACUCGGUUUAUUGUGUGUGCGUAUGUGCGUCUGUUCUAUAUAUGUGUAGUGUGGGGGCGUCCUUUAACGAUACAGGA